AUGCUAUCAGCAGUUAAGUGUUGCAGCCCUAGAAGCGGUUGUCGCAAGGAGCGGAGGGGUCUCGGUCUGGACGACUCUAUCCGCUCUUCCGGCACGCUCUGGAUCCCUCAUAGCCACUUCGAUUGGCAGAGAGGUUACAUCUCGCUCGAGCUGCUGGUGAACAUCUACAUGUCUCGAAGCCCCCUUCAAGCUAAGCUAGCCCACCAGGCCAAUGUUCAAGCACUUGCCACGAACCAAGUGACCACCGAGUUACUGUUCCAACGGCUAGUUCGAAAUGCUCGGACAGAGUACGAUCGGGGGCGCAACCGGGACGCAGAGAUUCUUGCCGACCGUGCCGUCGCUCUUGCGGUGGAAGAGAUCGCCCGUGCUUAUCAUCAGCACUUCCUCGCCAAGCUGCACUCGUACUGGGAUCGACUCCGAGGUAAGAUCGGACGCCAGAAACUGCCGGUCCUGGAUCUGUUACAGCAAGCCCAGGAGGAAUCGGCAGCCGAGACUGGCCGUAUCCCCACUGCCCAGGCUGUUCACGGCAUCUACGCGGAGGCAUGGGACAAGUACCGUCAAGUUACAGCGGAUGAUGAUAGCGACGGCGACAUCAAUACAUCAUCAUCCUCAUUGCGAUCUACUCUGCCUGAGGAGCUGCCUUGUUGGAUGACUACUCGUCGGCGUCUACCUCCCAAGAACAGCUGGUCUGGCUUUCUCUUUGACCAGAUCUUCUGCCGCCCCAAGCCACCAACCUGGAAUGCACUCUUCUUUCUCCAGCUCUACCGAGGAUUCAAGGACCGCCAGAUCGGGUACUAUAUCCAGAUUGCAUUCAACUGUGACCACACCAAGGAAGUCGGUACCAGUCAUGCUCAGGGCACCUGGUACCACGCCAAGCCACCCUUCUUCCAGAUCCAGUACUGGGCUCCUUAUUUCUCUCCACCCCGCGUGCAAGAAAAGACAUCUCUGUCGUCCCUCUACCGUCGCCGCGCUUACCCCAAAGGUCUCUCCCCUCGGUCCACUCCCUUGAUUCCAUCACCCCGGUAUUUUCACGACCUUGAAAGCGUGGCCUGGCCGCACUGGGUCGAGAUAAUGCAUCAUUCGCAUCAUGAUCCAGAUCGUCUGCCCUUCGAACGCCGUAGCUCCAUCCGACGCCAUUGCAAACGCGCGUUGUUCUAUGUCUCCUUUCUUGCCGGCCCGACUUGGGGUAUAGAUAAGGAUGUCAACUUUAUCGUCCCAUGGUCUUUCAACAAAACAUCCCAUGGUAGUAGCAACGAGUGUGACAUCUUCCAUGUGCCUGUGGCUGAAACACAUAUCUCGAAGACAAUUGUCGAGGAUACGGUAAGCCAGCCAACCAUCCUGCUGCCCACCCGCGAUACUAUCAUCGGUUUGCUCGAUGCUAUAGAGACUCUUACUGGUCACUCUUCAAGCAUUGCAGAACGUCUAUCGUGGACAAAACGUCGACUCAAUAAUCAGGGCGAUCAAUACGACCUCCGUAGUCAUCUCGCGGCCAGGCAUCGGGAAGUGGGGCCAUCGACAGAGAGCCAGUCCCUCCUGGAACGGUUCCUUCACCAACGUGAGCCACCGGAAUGGGAUGUCGAGCCUGUGGAUGAAGAGGAAGCCGAGGACACGGAGGAAACGGCGGAAGAAGACAACUCCUCUUCAGGAGAGGAUAAUGAUCUGGAAGAUGUUGGCCUGAAUGACUUAGGAUCGUAUAUUGGAUUUGUUGGCUAA